AUGCCCCUCAUAGAUGCGACAAUUGGGUCCGAGUUUAAUGAAGAAAUCAGAGUGCUUGGUUACGAUCCUCUGAUACCUCCUGUACUUCUACAAACCGAAGUCCCUGCGAGUGAGGCAUCGAUUCAGACGGUAAAGCGGGGUCGCAGGGAAUGUAUCGAAAUCAUUCACCAGCGAGAUGACCGACUUCUUGUCAUGGUUGGGCCAUGCUCCAUCCACGAUCCUGCUACCGCCCUCGAAUAUGCUAGCAAGUUAAAGAAAGUCGCAGAAGAACUCUCUUCAGACCUUUCCAUUAUUAUGCGAGCCUAUCUCGAGAAACCAAGAACAACAGUUGGUUGGAAAGGUCUGAUAAAUGAUCCUGACAUCGACGAAUCCUACAAGAUCAAUAAGGGUCUUCGAAUAUCACGGCAGCUUUAUGCAGACCUCACCAGCCUUGGCAUGCCGAUCGCCAGCGAAAUGCUGGACACAAUCUCUCCUCAAUUUCUUGCCGACCUGAUUUCGCUAGGCGCCAUCGGUGCACGUACAACAGAAUCUCAGCUUCACCGCGAACUUGCAUCCGGCCUCUCCUUCCCUAUCGGCUUCAAGAACGGCACCGAUGGCAGUUUAGGAGUUGCCAUCGAUGCUGUCGGUGCUGCAGCCGCAAAGCACUACUUUAUGGGCGUAACCAAGCAAGGUCUCGCCGCCAUCACCAAAACAAGCGGUAACGACGACGGCUUCGUGAUUCUCCGGGGAGGAAGCAAAGGCACAAACUACGAUGCAGAGAGUGUAAAGGCAGCCAAAGAGGCCCUGGCGAAGAAGAACCAGAAACAGGUUAUGAUGAUUGAUUGCUCUCAUGGCAACUCGAAGAAAGAUCACAGGAAUCAGCCCCUGGUCGCCAAGAGCAUUGCAGAUCAGUUAAGACAAGGAGAGGAAGGGAUCGUGGCGGUCAUGAUCGAAAGCAACAUCAAUGAGGGCAGCCAGAAAGUUACCAGUGAUGGGUCUGCUGCAUUGAAAAAGGGUGUCAGUAUCACUGAUGCUUGUAUUGGGUGGGAUACAACAGUCGAGGUGUUGACGCAGCUCGCUGAGGCGGUGAGAGCAAGAAGGCAGAUUAGGGCGAAAAUGGCAAGUGGCUCGAACGGCCAAAACGGGACAGCAAGCGCAAAAAGCAAUACAUAG